UCUUCUUCAUCUUCGUAAUUCCACGCCUAUCAGCUCCUCAACUCCGGCAGCAGCAGCCCCUCUCCCCCAUCGCUUCCCCAGUCCCUAAAACUUUGAUCUCCUCCGCUACGACUCCCGUCUGCGCUACGAAUCCCUCUUGAUUGGAAUCUUGUUGGGAGGAUUAAGUGGCAUCAGAAAGAUAGACGAAGGGUUGGUGAAGUCAAAUCAAGUGAAGGAAAGCGACGGCGGCAGAGAUAUCCGGCGGUUGAGCUGCGUAUGCGGCGGUGACGGGUUUUUACUGGUGAUUUACUCGAGGACGCCGAUCUAGAGGAACUCUCCAAGGGAGAAGCGGGGGCAGCCGACGACGGCUGUUCUCUGGUGCUGGUGGAGGAAAUGGUUUUGGGGGUUGUUGUCGGAGGUGGGUGAAUGAAGAUCCAAGUAACAAGCCGGUGGAAGAGAGGGCGGCGGCCGCGAUGGGGGAGGCGGGGGAAGGGGAGAAGUUGGUCUUUGCCGUAGUUGAUGAGCCGCUUGGCGUCGUAAUGGCAAAGAAGUUUUGUUUUAAGGGAUAAUUGCGAAGAAGAUGAAGAAGAGGAAUAGGAAUAGUUAGUGGAUAAUAAAUUUUGGAAUUAAUUAAUUAUUAUUAAAUAAUUAAUAUGAUAAAUCAACAAAGUUAGUGAAUGAUGAGGUGAAAAAAUAUUUUUUUUAAUUUCCACGUCAUCUAGUUAACGAUCAAAUUUUAUAGUUGACUGUCACGUGGGACAAAUUUAACGGAGUCUAACGGCUGGUGACUAACGGUGAAAUGAUUCGUAAAGUCAGUGGCAAAUAAGAAAGAAAAGUAAUUCGGGUGGCAAAUGUGAAAGAUUUGUAUAAUUCGAGUGACCAAAUGUGUAAUUUAGCCCCUUGCAUUAAUAUUUGUAGUGAAAAAAUUGUUAACAUACCGUUUGGUAUAAAUGAAUUCCAUAAGUUUUGACGAAUUCAUUUUGAAAUGAAAUAUUUUUGUGUUUGGUUUAAAAGGAAUUCAUUUUCAAUUCUAAAUUUUGAAUUCUACGGAAUUGGAACUAGUUAUAGCAAUUCCGAGGAAUUGAGAUAGAAUGUCCAAAUCAAGGUUGUCAACCCGCGGGUCGACCCGGAUUAGCCCGGACCCGGCCAAAAAAACGGGCCAUACCAACCCAUUUUCAUGUCAGCCCGGAAAUAGUCAAACCCCGAGAAACCCGGUCAAACCCGGGUUGGCUUGGCUGGUUAACCUGUUGAAGCGGGUCAGCGGGUUGCUCUGCCUGAGCCCCGUUUUGGCCGCUGCGUCGCCGUUUCUGCGGACUGCGCGGAGAGCAAACGAGGAGGGGAAGCGGCGCCGUUCUGCUUGGUGUUGGCCUGCUGGACAAAGCGAUAAGGAGAAGCAUGGGUCUGGUCGUCUGGAAACCAAAACCCUACAAACAUACAUCGCAUUCCAUUUCCAGCAGCGCAGUCGUCUCCCUCUCCCGCAGCCGAUCGAUAUCGCCACGCCAGGGUUCUUCGGCGGCGCGCUCCGGGUCGCCGGCGGAGAGAAUCAUCUUCGCAGGUCGGCCACCAUCGUUCCGUCUCCCCUCCCUUCAGCUCGGCCGCCUCUAAUCGCCACCUCUGCUCGGCCUCCGCCUCGGCCACCUGUGCCUCCACCCUUCUCAUUGUCGGUCACCAAUUCCUUCGCCGGCGGAGACCAUUUUCUCAUUGUCUUUUCUUUUCCAUUAUUGCGACCCGAGCCUCUCCAUUACCUUUAGUUCCCUGAGUCAUAGUCAUUUGGUAAGAGUUUGGGACUUGGUUCCAAUAAAUGGAACGAAAGAUAUAUGUGAUGUUUUGUUUUAGAAUUUAGAUGUUUUAGAUAAGUUUGAUUCCCAUUGUUUGAUGUUUAAAAUGUUAGGAAGAAGUUGAUUUAAGGGUGGUGGAUUUAAGGGUUCUUGAAUUUUUAACUAUGAUGGAUUUAAGUUGAAGUUAUGUGAAUGAUUUAAGUGUUGUUGAAUUUUUACUAUGUUGAAUUUAAGUUGAUGUUAUUUAAGUGUGUUGGAGUUGAAGUAGUGUUGCAUUUUUUAUGUUGGAUUCAGGAUAAGUAUAAUAUAAUUACAUUUUCCAUAUUUUCGGGCUAAACCGGGUGACCCAUUGACCAAUGACCCACUAGCUCGUCCGGGUCCGGGUCGACCCGGGUUUUGACAACCUUGGUCCAAAUGAAUUCCACAAGUAUUUACUAAUUAUAAUAGAAUGACAUGAUUAUCCUCUUUUAUUAACUAAAUUACUUAUACAUAUGAUAUACCAAACAUAGAAAUUUGUUUCACAAUGAAUUCUACACGACACUUCAAUGAUUUGAAUAUAACAUACCAAACAUAAGAUUUCAUUUGACAAUGCAUUCUACACGGUAAUUCAUUUUACAAUGAAAUGAAUUCUCGAUUCAUUUGGUACCAAACGGUCUGUAAAUAAAAAUUCAAACAAUUUGUUACCAAUUUUAUACAUAAAAAAUCUAAAUUUACUAUGUAUUUUAAAUUUUAUUUAUAAAAUAAUAAAAUAAAUGUACAAUUCUGCCCUCCCUCCUCAAUCCCUAUGCUUUCCCCAAAUGGCAUCCUAGUACUCCUCUUCACGGUCAUAGUGUUUCUCACCAUCUUCCAAUUUUCCUAGCCAUCUACCAUCAACUCUUUGUUCCCUUCCGUCAAAAGCGUAUCAUCUAAAAACCUAGGAUUCUAGUGCAAAAAAUUCGUGCACCAAUCCACAAUAUCUCUAUAUCCAUGGAGACCUCAAUAACCCCCAUUGAAUCUAACUCUUCAAAUAUGGUCAAGAGCUCUUAAUCCGGUGAGUUCACAACACAUGCAAAGAGGCUGAGUUCUAUAGUCUUAGUCGAUCAAUGGUGACUGACAGAUACUUAGCUUACAACUUGACAUAUUAAUGGGCGCCCAUUAAAAGAAUGAUGUACCAAUCCAGACUAUCUCUAAAUCUGUGGAGACCUCAAUAACCUCAUCAAAUCCAACUCUUCAAAUCUGGUCCAGAGCUCUUAAUCUGGUUGAGUUCACAACACAUGCAAAGAGGUUGAAUUCUACAAUCUGAGUCGAUCGCUGGUGACUAACAGACAAUUAGCUUGUUAAUAUGAACCCUGCAUAUAGCUUGUAUUGUCAUAGAGUAUUUUCCAUUCUUACUUUCACCCACCAUGUGUAUGUCUGCCUCUAGUGAAACAACUGCUCUUUGCCUUUCGGUUGCAUCUAUUAAUUUGUGAAUGUUUGUCGAAUUGCUCCAAGUUCGUAUUUUGUGCUCUAAACUCUAAAGUAGGAGUGCUAACACAUGUCCCUCAAAUUGUGUGAUUUAAGGAUUAAUUAAUGUUAGAGAAGAUGUAAAUAAUUCUAAUAAAAUGAAAAAUAUUUAAAUCACAUAGCCAUACACAUUCAGAUAAAUAAGUCUCUACUCGUUCUUAUCAUCAAUGUAAAAGAUACACAUUCGGAUAAAUAAGUCUCUACCCGUUCCUAUCAUCAAUGUAAAAGACACUUAGGUGUCGUUUGGAAGUUGCGAUUGUUUUGUUGAGAUUGUCAUUAUGCAUGUAUUGUUUACAAUGCAUCGUUUUUUUGUUUUUUUAGCAGAAACAAUACAUGGAUUGUUUCUAUGAUGUGAUAGAAACUAUCACUCAUUUUGAGUGAUUGUUAUAUAUCAACUUUUAGUUGUGAUUGUUGAGAUAGUUGAGUUGAGGUUGUUUUGUCUCAGCUUUUAGCUGAUGUGACAUACACAAUCAAACAUACCAAACGUU